AUGUGGAUCCUACCUCUAGUAGGAUACCUAGGGGUGAUAGUAGGCUUCGCCUUCCUCACCCUAGCUAUCGCAUCGGGCCUAUACUACCUCUCCGAGCUUGUCGAGGAACACACCGUCCUCGCCAGCCGCCUCCUAAGCCGCCUCAUAUACACGAUAAUCGGCAUCCAAGUCCUCCUCGUUCUAAUUGAUCGCUUCCCAAUCUCGCUCUCCCUCCUCAGCAUCCUCUCGCACCUCGUCUACGCCAGCAAUCUGCGCCGUUUCCCAAUCGUCAAACUGACCGAUCCAUUCUUCAUUCUAUCUUGCGUGCUCGUCCUCCUCAACCACUGGCUAUGGUUCCGCCACUUCUCGAAGCCGCUGCCUGCGUCCCGGCGCAAUGAGGGUAAUUGGCGCCAGCCGUACCAGGUUGACUACGAGGAUAUGCCGUCUUUCUCGGAGGUGGCCUCGUAUUUCGGUCUAUGUGUCUGGUUGGUUCCGUUCGCGCUGUUUGUUAGUCUGAGUGCAGGCGAGAAUGUGCUGCCUAGUAUGGGCUCUGAAUAUGCCACUGGCGAGCAUACAUCGUCCGGGCUUGGUCACAGCCGCGGUCCGUCUGAUGGAAAGGCGAAGAAUAAGGGUAUGGCCAAGGCUUUGGUGGAUAAUGUGCGGGACUGGACUCGGGAAAAUGGUGAGCUGCUGGGUUUCUGGCGGGGAGAGCGCACGAGGCGGUUCUAG